AUGAAUCCGAUUCCCCCGUCGUACAAGUCGGCGACCGACCGAGAUGCAUGGGCGAUAAUCGCCCACUACAUACCCUCCAGUGACCUAUGCGCAGCGUCACUUGUCAGUCACCGCUGGCACGAUCUGUUCAUCCCCUUUCUGUGGGGUGAUCCUGCUUCUCAUUUUGGCACAGAUAACGAUGCCGUUUAUGUGGCCCUCACGCGGUUCCGAAGAACCCUCAAAUAUGCGAGACAAGAAGUACGGGCGUUGACCCAUACGCUUCAUCUCCCACCGGCUCUGUCGGAGAUUUAUGGUGGCCCGCGACCAGGAUGGCUCCGCGAUAUCUUGGAGUAUCUGCCUUGUCUUCAGUGUCUGAUGGUUUCAAGAUUGCCGUUUUUCGACCACAAUGCGAUGGUUGCGUUGAAGAAUCACCAAGAUAUUCAGUACAACGUCCGUCUUCUGAUGGCAGACCGCGAGCCAAAUACCACCUCCGCGGGUCUGGCAGAAACACUCGUCCGAUUUCCCCUUUUGACCUAUCUUGACCUCUCAUAUACUACUUCGGCGAGGGACCGCGGUGUGCUAUCCUCGAUCUCGCAGCUAGAAAGUUUGCAAGUGCUCAAGCUACGUGGCAUCGGACUAAAAGACCAUGAUGCGGAAUUCCUCGCCAACGCAAUUGGGAUCCGCGUUCGUUUCCUCGACCUGCGGGAUAACCAACUCACUGAUAUGUCGGUCCGCUCUCUACUGCAAGCCUCCUUUACAACCCCGACUAGACCGGCACAGCAGUCUUCAAGUCGGACUAGAACUUCGCCAGAUCCCGUUUCUCAAACAUGCAUGUGUGUCGGGGAAUCCGACUUCUUGAAAUCCCCGCUGUUAGACGAACAUAUCAUGAAGCUGCUAGCACAACCGAUUGCCAACAAUCCUUGGAUCGAGGAUCUGCCAUAUGCCGGUGUCACCCAUCUCUAUAUCGCAAACAAUUAUAUCACCGUGGAGGGUGUGGCAAGUCUCCUGUCUAGUUCUUGUCUUUAUGCACUUGAUGCAGGGACAGUCAACACAGCCGACCUCAUACACAAAAAGACAGCAUCGCUGAAGGCUGGAAAAUACCCGGGUGCUGAAAAGCUCGUGCCUCUCUUGGGUAAUUUUGCAGGUGAAAAUCUGACCUACUUCCGAGCAAAUCAUGCAGUGCUCACUGCAGAACCACCGGCGAAGGAUAUCGGAUCAACCGCCGACUUUCUGCCGGAGCUUCCAUCUGAUGAUGUCAGCCGCGAAGCCGAGCUUGAUGCUACACAUGAGAUUCAUGAACUUCCAGGAGAGGAACUGCCUAUAUUUGAACUUGCAGACACUUCGAUCCCUGAUGCAAGCACUUCCAAAGAAACUUUGACGCCUCGCCAAUCCAACCUACCUGCAUUUGAAGGCGAGGCCUUGUCUUCUGUCCGAAGAGGAUCCGCUUUUGCUCCUGAAGUUAUCCCAUCAAACUCAUACGAGAAUGAUCGUAGCGAGCCUGGCAUUCUCAUCCCUAGCGUGUCAAUAAGCUCAAGUGGUUGGGGAAUCAGACGGGAAGACACUGUGUCUUCGGUAUCGACUAUCGCCUACGGCGAAGCACUUGCUCCUCACGCUGUAGACGAAAUACCACAGUGCGAUUCUCCAGUAUCGGGUGAUGAUCCUCGCACAUUGAAAAUCCAGGAACUCCUGUCGAAGCGUCCACGAAAUCAGUCCAUCCCCCUUCGGGGUGGGAAGGAAAGCCGUUUUCCCUAUCUUCAUCCAUCCCAUAUUCCUCAUCUAGAGACAUUGGUCUUAACAGAUGUCCCUUCACAUAUCCCACCCAAUUCCCCAGUUAUAUACACCCUCACGCGCUUCAUCACUGCCUGCUCCAACGAAGCUUUACUCGCAACGCUUCAGGCUGGAUCAGACUACUCUCUCCCACCAGGCCAGGCACGGUUGCAAGCAGAACAACAGCGGACUCGUUCCUUAUUCGGUUUGAGACGAAUUAUCCUUGAGAUCACACCCACCGACACAUCCACUCGGCUCACCUCCUGGAAAUCUGCCAAUCAACGUGACGGUUUCUCAAAUUCAAGUACCGGCGAUCGAGACUCGGAGAAUCUCUGGGCAGCAGCCACAGAUGACUUUAGUUUCUUUGGAGAAGAAGAGUGCGGGAUCCCAGAGAACGACCCCGGCAAAUAUUUCCCUAUGGCCGUACUGAACGAGAAAGUGACAAUUCUCCCUUCGGACGACGACUCACCCAGUUCCGGCAAGGAACCUCCCUUGCCUCGUCAGGAUGUCUCGCGGCAAACUAUGUCUUCCGUUCCGGGUGGAGCUCCCAGCCCAUCGGGCAAAGACAACCUAAGUCCACAGGGUCAGUUGGUCCAGAACGUCGACGUUGUUGCCGAGCUUGCUGCUUUUCGCCGGGCAAAGAAGGCCGAAUAUGAACAAGUAGUGAGACGCGAGAGAGGACGACGCAGUACGGUCGGCAGCGGCAUCUCCAGCAUAUUUUCUUCUGGACCGCAAAUCUCUCUGGCUCAUUUUGUCGAGGGAUAUUGGAAAGGGGAGGUUAAGGUGGUACGAAAUCCUGCACCUCAGGGGCGCUCUGGGACGGUGGAUAUGUACGGCAAUUAUUUUGAGAAGGGGUAUCUCUACCCAUGA